AUGACGACAGUGACGUUCCUCUCCGAGAACAUUUCAACGGCUGACAUCAACGGCAUUUCAACGGCUGCCAAUAUGGCGGACACUGUUACCAGUGACAGAGGCCAUGGACCUGCUUCGCUCUAUCCGCCACGAUACUACAUCGAGAGAGCCGGGUGCAUACCCAUGUCCGUGCUGGGUAUCGUGGGUAACGUGGUGUCACUGGCGGUGUGGAACACCCAGCGGACCUACAGCACCACCAUCUUCCUGUUCAAGUACCUGGCCGUGUGGGACAUCGUCUUCCUCGUCACAAUCAUCCCCGUGAUACUUCUGUCUGACAACAAGACUGUCAGUGUGCAGUUUGAGAUGUUUGAUGUCUCGUCGUACCUGGCAGUCCUGGUGUCAGUCCACACCACACUUCUCAUCGCUGUCAGUCGCUGGCUGGCCGCCUACAGACCCGUCCACGUCCACACCGGAAGUCUCCUCAGCCGCCGCCAUGUCAUCAUCGCCUGUCUGGUCAUCUUCCUCUGGUGCCUCGUCAUCGCCGUUAUCAUCUUGCUGGUAAAAAUCGUGAUGAUGGACUCCAAGACCCGGAUAAUCGUUUACAUCACAUUUAGCAGCAUGGGAAUGGCUCUCCCUGUCCUUCCUCUGGUCGUCUGCAAUGUCCUUCUUCUACACAAACUGCAUUCGCCAUUUUCGCCGGAGUCACCAACAUCGUACUCUGUACAACAACAACAACAACCACGGACAUGGGACACCAAACGACUGACACUGGCGAUAGUGUUGAUGAGUCUGUUUAGUCUACUGGCCUUCACCGUUGGUGAGAUCACCACUAACUACUACUCGCUGAUCGCCCUCAAUGAGGCUGCUGGUCAUAGGGGCGCUGGCAGUGUGGAGUCGCACUUGUCUGGCAUUCUGGAGUCCAGCUUCUACCUUCUGAAGCAAAUAAACUCCAGUAUCAAUGUUCUCUUCUACUUCGUGUUCUCUCGGGAGUUUCGCAAAGUGUGUACAAAGUAUGUUGGUCGCUGUCUGUCCAGAAGCCGCGUGAAGCAAGUCGACCUCCAUCAGCUUCACGAAGAAUGCGGUAGUCGCAGCAGGAUGGUGGGCACAACAUCUCUGUAA